AUUUCCAGAAACACCCUGGGUGCAGCAUUUGUUGCUACAAGAAACAUCCAUGCCUCCAAACCAUGCUUUCAGAAAACUGGUACUGCUGAGGUAUCCUCUAUUCUUGAGGAACGUAUUUUGGGAGCUGACACCUCUGCUGAACUUGAGGAGACUGGCCGGGUGCUCUCAAUUGGUGAUGGUAUUGCCCGUGUGUACGGCCUGAGGAAUGUCCAAGCAGAAGAAAUGGUUGAAUUCUCUUCCGGACUGAAGGGUAUGUCCUUGAAUUUGGAGCCCGACAAUGUUGGUGUUGUCGUGUUUGGUAAUGACAGACUGAUCAAGGAGGGGGAUGUCGUGAAGAGGACUGGUGCCAUUGUGGAUGUUCCAGUGGGGGAAGAGCUGCUGGGCCGCGUUGUAGAUGCCCUGGGCAAUCCAAUUGAUGGGAAGGGUCCUAUUACAUCUAAGACACGUAGAAGAGUUGGCUUAAAGGCCCCCGGGAUCAUUCCCAGAAUCUCUGUCCGUGAACCAAUGCAGACUGGUAUUAAGGCUGUGGACAGCUUGGUGCCAAUCGGUCGUGGCCAGCGUGAGCUGAUCAUUGGUGACAGACAGACCGGGAAAACUUCAAUUGCAAUUGACACGAUAAUCAACCAGAAACGAUUUAAUGAUGGAACAGAUGAGAAAAAGAAGCUGUACUGUAUCUAUGUUGCAAUUGGCCAGAAGAGAUCGACCGUUGCUCAGCUGGUGAAGAGGCUCACUGAUGCAGAUGCCAUGAAGUACACUAUUGUGGUGUCUGCCACAGCAUCCGAUGCAGCACCCCUUCAGUAUCUGGCUCCCUAUUCAGGCUGCUCCAUGGGGGAAUACUUCAGAGACAACGGAAAACACGCGUUAAUCAUCUAUGACGAUUUAUCCAAACAGGCUGUUGCCUAUCGUCAGAUGUCUCUGCUGCUGCGUCGUCCGCCCGGUCGCGAAGCCUACCCAGGUGAUGUGUUCUACCUGCACUCUCGUCUGCUGGAGAGAGCAGCCAAAAUGAAUGACUCCUUUGGGGGCGGCUCUCUGACCGCCUUGCCUGUCAUUGAAACUCAGGCUGGUGACGUGUCUGCUUACAUUCCAACCAAUGUCAUCUCCAUCACUGAUGGACAGAUCUUCUUGGAAACUGAGUUGUUCUACAAAGGUAUCCGUCCAGCCAUCAAUGUCGGUUUGUCCGUGUCCCGUGUAGGUUCUGCUGCUCAGACCAGGGCCAUGAAGCAGGUAAGCACAGAACACCUGCUCCUCCUCCGCUAUAGAGAA